AUGACGCCUAAACAUUGCUUUCUAGGCUUCCUCGUCAGUUUCUUCCUGACUGGUGUAGCAGAAACUCAGCCUGCCCAUGAGUCUCUGAAGCCUCAGACAGCAUAUUUUCAAUCACGAAAUUUUUAUAACAUUUUGCACUGGCAGCCUGGGAGGGCUUGUGCCAACAACAGCAGCGUCUACUUUGUGCAGUAUAAAGUGUAUGGACAGAAACAAUGGAUAAAUAAAGAGGACUGUUGGGGUAUUCAAGAAUUCUUUUGCGACCUUACCAAUGAAACCUCAGAAGCACAGGAGGCUUAUUACGGAAGGGUGAGGACAGCUUCAGCUGGUAUCCACUCAGGCUGGACCAUGACGCAGCGUUUCUCUCCCUGGUGGGAAACAAAAAUAGAUCCUCCAGUCAUGAAUAUAACCCAGGUUAAUGGCUCUUUGCUGGUGAUUCUCCAUGCUCCAAACAUGCCAUAUAGAAACCAGAAAGGAAAAAAUGUAUCAAUGGAAAAUUCCUAUGAGCUGGUAUACCGAGUCUUUAUAAUUAACAAUUCCCUAGAAAAGAAGCGAAAGGUAUAUGAAGGAGCUCAUGGAGUUGUUGAACUUGAAGCUCUAACACCUCACACUAGUUACUGUGUAGUAGCUGAAAUAUAUCAGCCCAUGCUAGACAGAAGCAGCCAGAAAAGCGAAGAGAAAUGUGUGGAAACUCCUUGA